AUGCCCAGGUCCUUCCUGGUCAAGAAGGUCAAACUUGACACGUUCUCCUCGGCAGACCUCGAGAGCUCUUACGGGCGUGCCCGCAGCGACCUCGGCGUGCGACUGCACGAGAAAGGAUACCUCAACGACUACUCGGGGCCCGCCUCCGUCUACGAUGGCGAUGCCGAGGCGGCCUUGCUCAAAGGGCCGUCCCCGGAGCCCAUGUACGCUGCAGCCGUGCGGGGAGAGCUGGGCCCGGCGGCCGUGGGCUCGGCGCCGCCGCCCACCCCGCGCCCGGAGCUGGCUACAGCCGCGGGCGGCUACAUCAACGGCGACGCGGCCGUCAGCGAGGGCUACGCAGCUGACGCCUUCUUCAUCACCGACGGCCGCUCGCGCCGUAAGGCCGCCAACGCCAACGCCGCCGCCGCCCCUUCCACGGCCUCUGCGGCGGCCUCCGACACCGAGAGCGGAGGCGGGGCCGGGGCGGGCGCGAGCGGUGCGGGGUCGGGGCCCGGGGGUAGGGGCGGCGCGCGCUCGGGGGUGGGCACCGAGGCGCGCGCGGGCACCGGGGCCGGCGGCGCAGGGGGCCGGCACGCAUGCGGCGAGUGCGGCAAAACGUACGCCACCUCGUCGAACCUGAGCCGCCACAAGCAGACGCACCGCAGCCUGGACAGUCAGCUGGCGCGGCGCUGCCCGACGUGCGGCAAGGUGUACGUGUCCAUGCCGGCCAUGGCCAUGCACCUGCUCACGCACGACCUGCGCCACAAGUGCGGCGUGUGCGGCAAGGCCUUCUCGAGGCCCUGGCUGCUACAGGGCCACAUGCGCUCCCAUACCGGCGAGAAGCCCUUCGGCUGCGCGCACUGCGGCAAGGCCUUCGCUGACCGCUCCAACCUACGCGCGCACAUGCAGACGCACUCGGCCUUCAAGCACUUCCAGUGCAAGCGCUGCAAGAAGAGCUUCGCGCUCAAGUCCUAUCUCAACAAGCACUACGAGUCGGCCUGCUUCAAGGGCGGGGCCGGCGGCGGCGGCGGCGGCCCCGCAGCCCCGGCGCCCGCUGCGCCGCCGCAGCUCAGCCCUGUGCAGGCCUAG